GUAAUAUCUGCAGAUCCACAAUGGCAGAAGGUGUCUUUGAGCAUCUUGUAGAGCAAAAUGGCACAAAGGGACAGUGGAAGAUCGACAGUGCUGGCACCGGUGACUGGCACAUUGGAUGCCCUCCCGACUCAAGGACCAUGAAAGUUCUUCAGAAGAAUGGAAUUUGCAAUUACAAACAUUCUGGAAGACUUAUCACAGUUGAAGACUUCACAAGUUUCGACUACAUUUUUGGAAUGGAUCAUCAGAACAUUGAGGACAUCAAUGAAUUAGCCCCUAAGAACAGCACAGCAAAAGUUUUGCUGCUCGGCUCCUUUGACCCACAGAAGGAGCUCAUCAUACAAGAUCCUUAUUUCACCCAUAGCCGGAACAAGAACGCUUUCAACGAAGUGUACGACCAGUGUCUCAGAUGCUGUACCGCGUUCUUAGAUUCUGUCUCCAAGUGAUAGGAACGGAGGCUGUCGCUUUAACUGGAGUGUGGAUUGGUGUUAUUGUGUUAUUGCGCUUUGUUGGUGGAUUUGACGAGAUGGUAUCUGUUGGUGCUUUAUAUUUGUUAUUUUUAAAAGAGUUUCUUAUUCUUAUGAUUUGACCAGGGUAUGCAUGGUGUAGCCGUUAGGUCAUUUACUGCUGCAUGCUGAAGAUGUGAGUUUGAUUCCCAGGAGGAGAUAAAUUUUUAUUGAAUAUCUCGGUCUUUCAGCUGGCAGGACGUUGUAUCCCUCUCAGCUUGGUUUAACUCUGAUAGGCAGGGUCGAAGUCCGCUUCCCAAGUUAUCUAGAGAGUGCCGAUGGGGGUGUAAAGAUCACCUACAUGUUUGAAUUUUCUCAUUUGUUGAACAACAGUGUAUUUGUGCUGAAUUCGUCCCUGUGAUGCGUCAUAUAAUUUUAACAGAAAGUCAAACAGAAACAAGAGCAUUUUUUUUGUAGCAGGGAAAUUGUAUGCUUAACACGCAUUUGUCUCUCCCUCGAUCCAUUUCCGCAUGUUGUCUUUAUUUUCCCCUGUAGUGUGUAAGGCCAUCAUUUUAUUUCUCUUUGACUCUGACAAGAACGUAAACCACAUAUUGUGGUUUCAAUGUAUUAAUAUUAUUUGCAUGGUUUGUGUUUAACUCUUUCACUACGUAUUUUUCUAGCUUCCAGUGGAUAAUGUCUUCUACCUUAGGGCACCUGCAUAGUCCACCUAUUCGUUUUGUUUGCAAAGUAUGACAUACUAAUAUGUAAAGUAUAACGUAUUACAGUGGAACUCGGAUUCAACUAGCUCGGAUUCAACGAGAACCUGGAUUCAACGAGAUGAGAUAGAUUCCCCUUUUUUUUUUCUUAUUUAAAAUCA